AUGCUGCUUCCGCAAGUAACCAUUGAGUACUGCGCCAAGUGCAAAUGGCAGCAGCGGGCGGUGUGGUACCUCCAGGAGCUCUUACAGACGUUUGACGGCAGUCUUGGAGCGAUCACGUUGGUCCCCGUGUACGAUUCCCCCGGGGUGUUUGGCGUGUAUCUCACUACAGACACUGAUACGAAGAAGCCCCUAUACAAACGCAAAUUCAAUAAACCCGAGCUUGCCGCGAAAUACGGGGAAACGAUGACUGAGCCUUACUGGCACCUGGGGUUCCCCGAUGCUAAAUUCCUCAAACAGCUCAUCAAAAACGAGAUCGGCGCCCAAGUGGGCCACCACAUCUCGCUGUAUCCCACUACGGGUUUGACUACUGGUACUGAGAAGAAGGAGACUGAGGGGCAAGCGUGUGUGGCUGGUUCCGAUAAGGCCGGAGCGUGUGUGGCUGGUUCCGCUAAAGCCGAAGCGUGUAAAGACUGCGUGGCGAAUGAGUAG